AUAGAAUCAUAAAAGUUCCACCAACCAUAACCAGUUGCCUAAUUUAACUAGGUGCCAUUCUUAUCUAUCAACAUUUAAUUUUUCAUUUCACCAAAAUAGAAAAUUGUGUUCUGAUGUUCUCUCUCUUCCUGUCUGCGACUCCAACGCAUAUAUCAUAAUUACAUUUCAAUGUAUAUUUUCUGAAUCUAUUGUACCCGUAGUUAUCAUAAUUAUACUCUAAAUUUAGCUUGUGCCUAACUGUCAUAUGCCAAUAACACCCAUUUUCAUUGUGCUUGUUAGUAGUUACAACGUUUAUUUACUGCAGGAUACAAUCAGUAUGUGUGUUAAUUGGUUAUUCUGUUAAUUUAUGGAGCCAAAUUUUGUUUAACAGUUUAGUUUAAAACAAUGGGGAUCUAUCUAUAAAAACACAAGGGAAAUCCGGGAGAAUAAAAACUCUCGUUGGAAAAUGAAGAGAACUUUGAAAAUGGAUAGUUCUUUUAGAUUGUGUUUUGCUGCUAUAGCAUUUGGGUUUGUGUUUAUAACAAAUGGAAAGCUUAGCUCUGGAACAACACCCCACGAGGCUGAUCCUCCUCAGGCAUCAAUUUUCGCCUUCUCUCCAGAGGCUGCUCCUCUAGAGGGCGAUGAUUAUAUUGCAAAUAAACCUGUGCCACCAUUUGUCCCCGAGUUCCCCGUUUAUAUAAUUUACUUGGGGGAAAGGAAACAUAAUGAUGCUAAGUUGGUGAAACAGUCACAUUUUGAAAUACUGAAAUCGGUUCUUGGAAGCGAACAAGCAGCCAAUAAGUCAAUGGUCUACAGUUACCACCAUGGAUUUUCUGGCUUUGCAGCCAAGCUCAAACCAGCGGAGGCAGAAAAUUUGAAAAAUCAUCCGGAAGUCAUUCUUCUUCUGGAAAACCGAAAACUUGUGAUGCAAACGACACGGACAUGGGAUUACUUAGGCCAAUUUUCAACUCCAACUUCUUCUAGAAGUCUUCUACAUGAGACCAACAUGGGCAGUGGUGCUAUUAUUGGCGUUAUCGACUCUGGGAUAUGGUCGGAAUCAGGUGCCUUUGACGAUUAUGGAUAUGGCCCAAUACCAAAACACUGGAGAGGAAAAUGCGUAUCUGCAGACCAGUUCAGUCCUGCAGAUUGCAACAGAAAGCUUAUUGGAGCUAGAUACUAUAGUAAUGGUCUUGAUGCAGAUCUCGAAACAAGAAUCAAUAGUACUACAGAAUAUCUGUCUCCUCGAGAUCGUAUUGGGCACGGAACUCAAGUAUCCUCAACGGUAGCUGGUUCUUUCAUUUCUAACGUGACUUUUCCUGGUAUCUCAUCUGGGUCAAUCAUGAGAGGCGGCGCUCCAAAGGCGCAUAUAGCAAUGUAUAAAGCAUGUUGGGGUGUGGAAGGAGGGAUGUGUUCAGUUGCUGAUGUUUGGAAAGCUUUUGACGAUGCCAUUCACGAUGGUGUUGAUGUUUUGUCAGUUUCUCUUGGUGACUCAGCCCUGAAAUCUCUUGACGCUGAAAUUGACAUCGCAAUUCCAGCACUACACGCAGUGAAUAGAGGUAUUCCUGUCGUAUCUCCAGCUGGUAACGAAGGAUCCCGCGUUUCAUCGGUUAUUAACGUUUCUCCAUGGAUUUUAACUGUGGCUGCGACUACCCUCGACCGGUCUUUCCCCACAUUGAUCACACUCGAGAACAAUAAAACGAUUCUGGGUCAGAGUCUGUACACAGGACCAGAAAUUGGCUUCACUGAAGUGAUUAGUACUGAUGAUCAUAGUAAUAAUCUUGACCAAGUUACAAAGGGUAAAAUUCUAUUGCACUUCUCGGAGGUUGCCACUGGUCCGCUGGCGCCGGACGUUAUUCAAAAAAACGGUGGUAUCGCUCUAAUUGAUAUGAGAAAUCCGAGUGAUGAUAGACUUGAAUGUCCCGUAAACUUUCCCUGUAUCUACGUGGAUUUGGAAGUUGGAUCCGAGUUAUUUUUCGACAUCCAUACUACGAGAUCACUGAAAAUUAAGAUAAGCCCAUACAAGACAAUAGUUGGCGAAAGUGUAGCAAGUAAAGUUGCAAAGUCAUCAGCGAGAGGGCCUAGUGCAUUUUCACCUGCCAUUCUUAAGCCGGAUAUAGCAGCCCCUGGUGUGAGCUUACUAACACCUAGAAUACCAACAGAUGAAGACACCAGUGAAUUCGCUUACUCAGGAACAUCGAUGGCAACUCCGGUGAUUGCAGGAAUCGUAGCACUCCUCAAGACUUCGCAUCCUAAUUGGUCUCCUGCUGCAAUAAAAUCAGCUCUUGUCACAACAGCCAUAAAAACCGAUCCAUAUGGCGAGCGUGUGGCUGUAGAUGGAGGUAACUACAAGGCAGCCGAUGCAUUCGAUUACGGAGGAGGUCUUGUGAAUCCGGAGAAAGCCACAGAUCCCGGUCUUGUAUACGACAUGGACAUCAAUGAUUACAUACAUUACUUGUGUUCCCAGGCUCUUUACACAGACAAGAAGGUUUCUGCUCUAGCCGGAAACGUCACUAAAAAAUGCCCAAGCUCAGGUUCAUCGAUUCUUGACGUCAACGUACCGUCCAUUACAAUCCCAGACGUCAAGGGAGAAAUCACAGUGACCAGAACCGUGACCAACGUUGGACCUGUGGAUUCGGUUUAUACGCCUGUGAUGGAGGCUCCAUUCGGAUUCAGCGUAAAGGUUUCGCCGGAGAAGUUGGUGUUUAACAAAGGAAGCAACAAGAUCGCGUUUAAAGUGAGUGUGUCUCCGGGUUCGCACAGAGUUAACACUGCGUUUUACUUUGGGAGUUUGACUUGGAGUGAUGGAGUUCACAAUGUCACAAUCCCAAUCUCUCUGAGGACACGUUUCAUCCCUGAUUUUUUCCUGUAAAUUGUUUUCAUAAAAGUUAAAAUGUUUUCACCGAGUCCAUUGUAAUUGGUGAGGAAAGAAUAUAUCACAAUCGGUUUAAAAGACUUUUAACUUAUCAUUGUAUUUUUUCACUCCCAUGCCGUGAAAAUUUUCAA